AUGGGCAGCAAGUGUAUGAGUCAGAACAGCUCUAACUGGCCCAACACCGCAGUGGCAGCCAGGAGGCAUUGCGUAGCUACCGAGGCUAGUAACACAAUUGACAAGUAUCUGCUGAGCUCCUGGUCUGUGCCAGGGGUCAGAAUCACCAAGGUGGACUGGCAGCAUUCAGAAAAUGGCACUGCCCACCACACUCAAGAGUUCCCUAGCCCUGAGCUGGUGGUUCGGAGAGGCCAGCUAUUCACUCUUACCCUGGAGCUGAGUGGCGUCCUGGACAGCGAAGAGGCCCUCAUCUUCACCGCGGAGACAGGGCCCCAAGCAUCUGAGGCUCUCCACACCAAAGCGGUAUUCCAGACAGCAGAGCUAGAAAUAAGUGACACCUGGACAGCGGCAAAGGGGGAACAGACAGAGAACACAAUCACCGUCAGCCUCGGGAGCCCUUCCAAUGCCGUCAUUGGCAGGUACCUGCUGAGUGCCAGGGCCUCUUCCCGCCGGAAACACAGUGACCGAAAGCUGGGCCAGUUUAUUCUCCUGUUCAAUCCCUGGUGCCCAGAGGACGAUGUGUUUCUGGACUCAGAAGAGGAGAGGCAAGAGUACGUGCUUAACGACAGUGGCAUCAUCUUCCGAGGAGUGGAGAAGCAUAUCCGAGCCCAGGGCUGGAACUACGGGCAGUUUGAAGAGGACAUCCUGAACAUCUGCCUCUCCAUCCUGGACCGAAGUCCUAGUCACCAGGAUGACCCAGCCACGGAUGUGUCCCGCCGCCAUGACCCCGUCUACGUCACCAGGAUCAUCAGUGCCAUGGUGAACAGCAACAAUGACCGGGGUGUGGUGCAAGGCCAGUGGCAGGGCAAAUAUGGCGGUGGCACCAGCCCACUGACCUGGCGUGGCAGCGUGGCCAUCCUCAAGAAGUGGUUCCAGGGCAGGUACAAGCCGGUCAAAUAUGGCCAGUGCUGGGUCUUCGCAGGAGUCAUGUGCACAGUCCUCAGGUGCCUGGGCAUCGCGACCAGGGUGGUGUCCAACUUCAACUCAGCCCAUGACACCGAUGGCAAUCUGAGUGUGGACAAAUAUGUGGACUCUUUUGGCCGGACCCUGGAGGACCUGACAGAAGACAGCAUGUGGAAUUUCCACGUCUGGAAUGAGAGCUGGUUUGCACGACAGGACCUGGGCCCAUCCUACGAUGGCUGGCAGGUUCUGGAUGCCACGCCCCAAGAGGAGAGUGAAGGCACGUUCCAGUGUGGCCCGGCCUCAGUCACCGCCAUCCGUGAGGGUGACGUGCAUCUGGCCCACGAUGGCCCCUUCGUCUUUGCUGAGGUCAACGCGGACUACAUCACCUGGCUAUGGCAUGAGGACCAGAGGCGGGAGCGUGUGUACUCGGACACCAAGAAGAUUGGCAGGUGCAUCAGUACCAAGGCCGUGGGCAGUGACUCCCGUGUGGACAUCACGGGCCUCUACAAGUAUCCAGAAGGGUCACGGAAGGAGAGGCAGGUGUACAGCAAAGCAGUGAAGAGACUGCUCAGCGUGGAAGCCUCGGGGAGGAAGAGGCGGAUCCGCAGGGCUGGAGCGCGCGGAGCCUGGCGCGAUGACCUCCUGGAACCUGCCACCCAACCCAGCAUCACCGGCAAGUUCAAAGUGCUGGAGCCACCGGUGCUCGGCCAGGACCUGAAGCUGGCCCUGUGCUUGACCAGCCUCACCUCCGGGGCCCAGCGGGUCCAAGUCAAUGUGAGUGGUGCCACCAUCCUCUAUACUCGGAAGCCAGUGGCAGAGAUCCUGCGUGCAUCCCACAUGGUGAAGCUCGGGCCACUAGAAGAGAAGAAGAUCCCAGUCACAAUAUCUUACUCUCAGUACAAAGAAGACCUGACGGAGGACAAGAAGAUCCUGCUGGCUGCCAUGUGCCUUGUCAGCAAGGGAGAGAAGCUGCUGGUAGAGAAAGACAUUACUCUGGAGGACUUCAUCAUCAUCAAGGUGCUGGGCCCAGCGGCAGUAGGAGUGGCGGUCGCUGUGGAAGUCUUGGUCAUCAACCCCCUCUCGGAGAGCGUCAAGGACUGUGUGCUGAUGGUGGAGGGCAGUGGUCUUCUCCAAGGACAGCUCAGUAUUGAGGUGCCCAGCUUGCAGCCACGGGAGAAGGCCUUGAUCCAGUUCAACAUUACCCCCUCCAAGAGCGGCCCAAGGCAGCUGCAGGUAGACCUUGUCAGCUCACAGUUCCCGGACGUCAAGGGCUUUGUGAUCAUCCAUGUGGCUACAGCCAAGUGACAGGCCACAGGUGACUUGGCGGAGGAUUCUGCCCAUCUGCUUUUUUCUCCCAUAUAAGAGUCAGCAGUCCUGGGUUAGUCCUGCUUCUAUCUUUGCCCUCCUUCAUGAGCUUAGGCAAGGUGCUUCCCAGUGCAUUGAGGUGCUGGACUCAGUAAUCCUUUGCCUUCAGGACAAGUGGCUGACAUAAAAGCAAAGGGAUUUUUCACCUUUCUGCUGGGAGAAUGGCAUGUCCCAGCUUUCUGAGAGCCCUGGCUUAGUUAACAAUGCCAUCUCAGCCCAGGCAAUUCACAGCUCCUUGCUUCUUUCCCAUUUCUUCAAGUGCCCUGGCCACAUUUAGGCUCAACAAUUUUCUAGGACAAAGCACUCCCAUUGCAGAAAAGCCUUCCUGAAACUAAACGCAAAGUUGGGUUGAGAACCAUGCUGUUCACCCAAGUGUUAUUCCCCAAAUUCAUAUUGUUAAAAACAAAAUGGAUUCCAAGCAACAGGAGAGUUUUCCCUCAGUGGGGACACUGACUCUGGAUUUUGGGACUAAAGCUGCCUGCAAGAAGCUGAAGAAGACAAAGUAGCUCUCCCCUAAGCUCAGCAGCAUGGAUAUGCUCUGGCUCAGGCCAUCCUGAAGUUCAGAAGACCACCCCCAGAUUGCUCAGUGCUCUUUCUUGGAACAGGAUGGCUUGCAGUGUACAGAUCUUACACUUGGAGUUUAAGCAGGACUCGGAAGCCUGGGAUAAGGAGCAGAAUAGACACCACCAGGCCAUGAAGAAUAUAACACUGGAUAUGAAACUUGGCACUGUAAUUUUCUGGACAGUCAAAGAAAUGAAAAUUAGGCUAGAGUUUAAGAACAACACACCAGGUACCUCUGCAAUGCAGUUCUUCUUGGAUACAAAUGAAGAGAAGGGAACUGGGGAGAUGGCUCAGCAGUUAAGAGCACUUUCUGCUCUUCUCCUGGAGGGCCUGAGUUUGGUUCCCAGCACCCAUGUCAGACAUUGCACAACCUCCUGUAACUCCAGCUCCAGGGAUCUGACACUUCUGGUCUCUGUGGGCACCUAAACUUACACACACAUAUGCCCUCCUCCCAAACACGGUUAAAAUAAAAUAAAUCUUUUUUUAAUACA